ACGGCGGAGGAGGAGGCGCUGAAAAGGAACACCGAUUGCGUAUACUUCCUGGCCUCGCCUUUGACCUGCAAAAAGGGAAAUGACUGUGAAUAUCGCCAUAAUGAGGGUGCUAGGCUUAAUCCCAGAGAUUGCUACUAUUGGUUGAACAGCAACUGCUUGAAUCCGAAGUGUGCAUUUCGGCACCCACCGCUGGAUGGUUUGUUGGUACCUCCGGGUUCAGGACCUGCCAUUCCCCCCACACUGGCUGUGGCAUCAAAACCGAUUCCCAUGGCACAAACGCCUGCUUAUAAUAUGAAUAAGCAAAGCCGGAGUGAGCCAUGCAUUUUUUUCCAAAAAGGUUACUGCUUGAAGGGCGAGAGGUGUCCGUUCUCACAUGAAGUGCAUGCAAAAGGUAAUGUCGUGCCACCACAGGCAGCAAAGGCGUCUCCGUUACUCCCAGAACAACCCCAGGCAUUCAAGAAGGAACCUUGGGGCAUCAAGCAGUGUGCUAAUCAGCAGAACGUUCCAAAAGUGAGCGUUGAACUAGCACCGAGAGCACCAGUUUCAUCAGCAAAACCUAGUGUCGGAGCUGAGAUUUCAUCUUUAAAUGGUUUAACACAUGCAAAGGAUUUGUUACCUCCUUCAUCGAGCUAUAAUCUUCCCAGAUUUCAGCCAGUACAUCCUCCUGUUGUGAACAGCAACAAUGCUUGGACUAGGUCCCUUAACCAUCAGAGUGAUGUGGAGCCCGGUGAGAUUGUUGGCGAACAUUCUUCAGGAUUUGAUGUUCAUGUUGCCAAGAAAUAUAAUAUGAAAGGAAGUGCUCAUUUCCGUGAUGGAGAUGACUUUGGAAGGAAAUCCGCUCAAGGUGGGCGGAAAGUGGAGACUUUAAAUGACUUCAAGUCUGCCAACAUCUAUGAAAGAAAUCAAUUUAGUAGUUCCGUAGAUAAAUUUGAGCAGAAUGGAAGAGCUAAGGACUACUAUGAUAUAAAACAACACAGGAGUUCAUCUGAGAGGAGCUUUGAGAGAUCACUAUUGCCUGAAAGGAGGGUGCUACAGAGACAAAAAAGCCCUGAGGAGGUAGAUAGAGCUGAUUUGAGACAUCGUUUGAAACAAAGAAAGCUCGAUGAUCGCUAUGUUGAGGAGAAAUAUCGUGGUCACACUAUUGAAAGCUCUGUAAGUGCUCGACUUCGAGGUAGAAUUAGUCUUCCUGGGACAUCUUCUGGCGACUCUUUCAGGUUGCAACCUGAAAAGGAUAGGGAUUUGUCUAGAAAUCGAGGCAGACUAUCACCAACUAGGCCACCACUUGGUAACCAAGGGAGACGAUAUGAUAGAACAAGAAGAUCAAGUGAAGACCCUCCUACGUUUGCAGGCUCAAGAAGCUUAGGAAGCAGGCUGACCAAAAGAGUGGAUGCUGAUUCUGUGAACUUCAGUGGCCCGAAAAGCCUAGCAGAGCUAAAAGGAGUGAAAUCAACCAGAGGCUACCAAUACUCGGAACGCUCUCUCUCCUUUGAAGGUCCCAAACCACUGAGUGCUCUUCUCAAGAGAAAAAGAGGGGGAGACCCUGUAGAUGGUGUAAAUUCGAGUGAUGGUGAUGAAAAUAAUCAGAGAAACGAAGUUGCAGGAGUUUCGUAUUCUGACCCUUCAUCAGUAGCUGAACAGGUGCAGCCCAGUUCUGUACUGGAUUCGAAUAAAGAAGAUGAGCGUACCAUCACUGAGUUUGGACCAUCAAAGGCUGAAACAGUUGAAGAAGAAGAGGAGGAUUCGACCCCUUCAAGAGAUGAUGAUUUAACUUAUGAUGGUGCGAUCGAUGCCAUGGAGGAAGAUCAAGGACUGCAAAACCUAGACCAGAGAGGCGAUGAGUAUGAUUAUGAGGCAAAUGAGACUGGAGACUUGAAAACAGAAUACGCUAGUCAAGGAGAGGAAGAAGAUGAAUUGGACGACGAAGAAGACUUUGCUCGUAAAGCUGGCCUUUUGUUUUCUUGAAGGGCUGGCCUUUUUCUUUUUCCCACAGUUGAUGUUUAUGAUAAGUGUGCUGUGAUUCAGAUGUGUAGCUAAAGAUUAGUUUGGAGAUUGAUCAAAGUAGUCGUCACUUGUUUGCUCAGCAGUUUUCCCAUUUGGGGUGGUCGACACAUCUUGAGUUGUAUCAGUUGAGUAGUUGAUUGUUCAAUAUUU